AUGUCUCCCGAGCAGUGGCUCGCGCAGGCUUGCGUUAAGGUGCCAAUUCAUGAGACGCUGAAAAUGAGCGUCAACAAGCCUGAGAAGAUCCUGACAGAUGAAUCAGUCAUCGUGGCGCAAUACAUAAAUAAUCCGCUUUUAAUCGACGGACAUAAAUGCGAUUUGCGUCUCUACGUCGCUGUAACGAAUUACGAUCCUCUGCUAAUUUAUUUAUAUGAAGAAGGUUUAGUGAGAUUUGCAGCUGUUAAAUAUGACGGUGGAAGUCAAUAUAUUUGGAAUCCUUGCAUGCAUCUUUGCAACUAUAGUAUAAACAAGUUUCACGUGGAUUACGUAAAGAGUGAAGAUCCUGAUGCCGAGGAUGUAGGACACAAAUGGACAUUGUCAGCAUUACUCAGGCACUUACGCUCGAUGGGUCAAGAUACGGAAUCGCUUAUGCAGCGAAUAGAAGAUAUUAUUAUAAAGUCAAUUCUCGCCACUGCAUCUGGAAUUGUCAGCGGUUUAAAACAAUUCGUGAAACAUUCCGAGACGUGUUUUGAAUUAUUUGGCUUUGAUGUACUGAUCGAUGAUACGUUGAAGCCAUGGCUGCUGGAAGUAAAUUUAACUCCCUCAUUGGGAUGCGAUUCACCCCUAGAUGUUAGACUCAAGUCAGCUUUAAUAGCGGACUUAUUUACUCUCAUCGGCAUAGCUGCUGUCGAUCCAAUCUUGCGCUCUCAAAAUUUAAACCGUGCUGUAAAUUACAAUAAAAAGAUAACUAGUUACAGAAGAGUGCAGUCUGCAGAAACGUUGCCUCAAGGCAAGAAGAAUAUUAAUAGAAAUAAUAAAAGCAAAGCAGGUUUAAGCUCAGAGCAACAACGAAUAGUGGCGUCUGCAAAAGCGCAGUUCGAGAGAAGAGGCGGAUUUGUUAGAAUAUUUCCAAGUCCGAAAUCUUGGGUGCUCUACUCGCAAUACUUGGAUCCAAUUACAGGUGCACCAAUGAUAUCGGAUCCGCUUGGUCCAAGGAAAUUACCGCAACAUAUUAAUAUCAAUCAUAAUUUGAUGUUGCAUGAACAAUUGUUUCCUGCAGCCAAUCGCGUUACCGGCUACAUUAUUCCAGAAUUGACAUUAGAUAGAUUGUCUAGAUAUGAAAGAUAUGAAAGAGCAUUGGUGAAGGGCCACAAACAGAGCUUGGACAAAGGGAAUAAUAAAGAGAAUUUAGAUGUAGAUAUGCACAAGUAUAAAAACCAAGUCAUACAAUCAAUGCAGGAAGGCAAUAAACUUAGUUCUGGUGAAGCGAGGAAAGCCUUUGGUUUAUAUCUAGGUUACAUAUUACGGAAAAUAUCACAGCCUAAUGCAGAUCCGGGAUGUUGCGAUCUUGUUAUGAAAUUUCUUCAACAUUCAUCCUGCAGUUUGAGAACGCCAUUUUUAUUUACGUUACCAUGCAGUCAGUUAAGUGAUAAGGAUCGAGCUGCCAUUACCGCAAAGCAACUUUCUGAUUUUUUGCAUCUGUAUAACAGAGAAACAGAUCUUUACGAAGACACCGUAGAUCGGCCUCGUACUGUUCCUAAUAAACUUUUCCAAAAGUUUCUAGCUGCCGCAAGUGAACAGGACCUCGAUGAUAUACUGAUUCUGCAAACACGUCUUUAUAAGUGCGCUCACAGUUUCUUAGGAAGAAGUGGUUUCGCUGGCAAUUUGCGUGGUGCUAAUCUUCUUGGAUCUUUACCGCAUAUUACAUCGCGAGUAUAUUCCAAUGCCGCCACAGCAGAACAGUGCAGAUGUAAUAAUUCAAUCAAUAGAUUGUGCCUCAAGAGGGUUAAAAGAAAUAGAUACAAAUAGACUGGACAAAAACAUCGAGCGUUCUUCUCCGUAUGCUUUGCUAUAUCUCUAAUAUCUGAUGGUUUUAUCGAAUGUCUUAGCUGAUCGGAAAUGGAGUAGUGGAUGUAGCGAAGCCUAUAGGUAGGAAUGCUCGGUGCACUCUAAUUGUGACAGUGAGUACAAAUGCACUGUGCAUUAAUGCACCCUGUAUGUACACUGAUUGUGAACCAGCGUAUUUACGCGUUAUGAUUUUGUGCAACAAUUAGACAUAAGAUUUCAGGCUAAACUUAAGACGUCCUAAACUUACUUAAAACGACGUCAGACAAGUUUGUGUUCCAAGCAGAAAAUUACAUAAACAAAUUGCUUCACUCGUGAGCAGUUGCGUUUUUCGUGUUUCUUCCUCAUUGUCUCUUUAAAUUCACGCCAGCACGCCAUAUGCGUUGGACUUUUCGGGCCCCAUUCUAACGAAGGGAUAAAGGCUGCCUUAAA